AUGGAUGAACUCCAACAUUUCGGAAGUUGCCACUGUGGAGCGGUCAAGUGGAGUUUUAUUGGACCGGAAGUUCUUGACGGAAUUCGUUGCAAGUAUGUUUAAGGAGAUGCGAAGAUUCCCAAGGUAACAAACGUUCAGCUGUACGGUGUGCGACAAGAAACAGAACCAUCACUGUAUAAUCAAACUGGACAGAUUCAAGAUUUUGGAAGUAUGCAGUAUAAUCUACAAUCUAGUUUCAAACAUUCAAAUCACAGGGAAAAGAGAAGCUAACCACAUACCGUUUCAAUUCUGGAGUUGCUCAACACAAAUUCUGUUCCAUCUGCGGCGUUCAGAGCUUUUAUCAUCCGCGAUCCAAUCCUGAUGCAGUCGGUAGGGAACGUUCAGAUUUUUUAAUAGUCGGAUCGUUUUUAGCUAUAAUGCCACACUGCAUCGAUGGAGAUACUGUCAAAUUGGUUCGUUGGUCUACCUUUAAUGGAAAAGAGUGGGAAAAAACGAUGGAAGAGAAGGCACCUUUGGCUCAGUGA